CUUUGUCAAUUUUUUUCCGCAAGAUUUGUCACAUUAUCUAGGCGACAGAAUUAAUCGCUAUAAAAACCGACCCCGGAGCUAGAGUAAUUGCAAGCCAGCAAACAAACCAAAAAACCCAACAUAAUUAGAACAUGGAGUACGAGGCUCUGGGGUUGAUUCUAGCUCUAUUGCUAUGGGUUGCAUGGGUAAUAAUUAUACAGCGCCGCGACCGACACGUUCGAUUGGAGGAGCAAGGUGAUCAGCUCCCACCAGGGCCUAGAUCGUGGCCAGUGGUUGGAAACAUUUUCCAGUUGGGUUGGGCACCCCACGAGUCCUUUGCAAAGCUGGCUCGACGGCACGGUCCCAUCAUGACCCUUUGGCUAGGGUCAAUGAGCACGGUGGUCAUCUCGUCCAAAGAAGUGGCCCGAGACAUGUUCAAGAACCAUGAUGUGGUUCUUGCCGGUAGGAAGAUCUACGAGGCCUUGAAGGGGGACUAUGGCAAUGAGGGUUCCAUCAUUACUGCUCAAUAUGGAUCUCACUGGCGAAUGUUGAGGCGCUUGUGCACCUCGGAGUUUUUCGUCUCAAGCCGUCUGGAAGCCAUGAGAGGUGUUCGUGGGAGGUGCAUCGAUGAAAUGGUGCAGUACAUAGAAGACGCUAGUGCAUCUGGUACCAACGGCAUCGAUGUUGGGAGGUUCUUCUUCUUGAUGGCUUUCAAUCUUUUAGGAAACCUUAUGUUUUCAAAAGACCUGCUGGACCCCAAAUCAGAGAGAGGGGCCAAGUUCUUCUACCAUGCAGGCAAGGUGAUGGAGUUGGCAGGGAAGCCAAACGUGGCGGAUUUCUUGCCAAUUCUUAGGUGGCUUGACCCACAAGGUAUAAGAAGAAAGACCCAGUUCCAUGGCGAACGAGCCUUUGAAAUCGCAGGGGGGUUCAUUGCAGAGAGGAUGGAGAGCAUGGAAAAUGGUCAUAAUGGUGAAGAAAUCAAGAGAAAGGACUACUUGGAUGUGCUUUUGGAGUUUCGUGGUGAUGGUGUGGAGGAACCCUUAAGGCUUUCUUCAAGAGCUAUCAACGUCGCAGUGCUUGAGAUGUUUAUGGCGGGGACGGACACAACGACGAGCACACUAGAGUGGGCAAUGGCUGAGCUUCUCCACAGUCCUGAAACUUUGAAAAAAGUCCAGACGGAGCUGAGGAUCGCCAUAAGCCCAAACAAGAAGCUCGAAGAGAAGGACAUCGAGAACCUCCCGUACCUCAGAGCUGUCAUAAAGGAAACGCUAAGGCUACACCCACCUCUCCCUUUCCUAUUCCCCCACAUGUCCAUGGACUCCUGCAACAUGCUCGGCUACUCUAUUCCAAAAGAAACACAAAUCCUAGUUAACGUUUGGGCGAUUGGACGAGACCCCAAGACUUGGGACGACCCUUUGGUUUUCAAGCCGGAGAGGUUCUUGGAGCCAAAAGUGGUGGAUUUCAAGGGGCACCAUUUUGAGUUCAUACCCUUUGGAUCUGGGCGACGCAUGUGCCCAGCCAUGCCACUAGCCUCCCGUGUGAUUUCACUGGCUCUAGGGACUCUCCUGCACUUGUUUGACUGGGAGUUGGCCGACGGGCUUAAGACAGUGAAGAUGGACAUGGCCGAAAGGAUGGGGCUAACGCUCAGGAAAGCUGUCCCAUUGAAGGUUGUGCCAAUACCUUUCAAACAACACCGUACGUGUUGGUAAGAAGUUCAUGUGUGUUAAACAACUUUUACUGCUUUUUUCUGUAACUGCCGAUUGUCAAUCAGUCAGACCUUUAAUUAAUUAUAGAAAAAUAACUCUUGUGCAACUGUUGUGCAAGGUCUUAGAGACAUGAAGUAGGUCUCAUGUAGUGAGUUCCACCACAUAGAUCUCACGUGAGACUCAUCUCAUGUCUCUAGAGUGGUGCACCAAUCACCCAUCUUAACUAUAUAUUCUAUAUAAUGAUCUGAUUUACAAAGUGUGGAGAUUGUAAUAUAUAUCGUGGCUAUGAUCUCUUGUCAAUUGUCAUCCCCAAACAGGUAUCAUUUAUAUAUGGACAAUAAAAUGGGACUUUGAAAUU